AUGCCGCCCAGGACGAGAGCGGGGGUUCAAAGCCAGCACCAGAAGGAAAAGCUUGCCAGCUCCUACAAUGAAUUGCUCAAGGAAUUCUCCUCCAAGGACCUCCGCAGCGUAGGGAACUACACGUUAGGCCGGCUGAUCGGGAAGGGCUCCUUCGGCAGAGUCUACCUGGCGUCGCACAAACUCACCAAUGGCUCCAAGGUCGUGCUCAAGUCGUCCAGCAAAGAUGAUACCAAUCUCGCGCGCGAAAUCCACCAUCACCGCCAAUUUCGCCAUCCGCACAUCGCGCGCCUGUACGAGGUCAUUGUGACUGAGAGCUUGGUCUGGCUCGUGCUCGAGUAUUGUCCCGGCGACGAACUCUACAACUACCUCCUCCACCACGGCCCCCUUCCCGUCGAGAAAGUGAAACGGAUAUUUACGCAGCUGGUUGGAGCGGUGGCUUAUGUCCACAGCAAAUCAUGUGUGCAUCGGGAUCUCAAGCUGGAAAAUAUUCUCCUGGACAAGAAUGAGAGUGUCAAGUUGUGCGACUUUGGGUUCACGCGCGAGUAUGAAGGGAAGGCGAGCUAUCUCCAGACGUUCUGCGGCACCAUCUGCUACAGCGCGCCGGAGAUGCUCAAGGGAGAGAAGUACGCAGGCGAGAAGGUGGACGUGUGGAGCUUGGGCAUUAUUCUCUAUGCACUUCUGGCGGGCGAACUCCCCUUUGACGAGGAUGACGACCAAGUGACCAAAACCCGGAUUCUCUCGGAGGAACCGGUGUUCAAGGAUGACAAGUUCCCCGAUGAUGCCAAGGCGUUGAUCAAUCUGCUGCUUUCCAAACGGCCGUUGAUCCGACCCAGUUUGGACGAGAUUCUGGCGCACCCUUUUCUCGCCGAACACGCGGCGGAGCAGUUGGCCAUUCUGAAAAUUCCGCAAUCUUCGCCGUUUACCACGCCGUUGGAGAAGACGACAUUGCAGCGAAUGAAAAGUGCCGGAGUCAACAUCGACGAAGUCAUUGAGAACGUGCUGGCUCAACGAUGCGAUCCGCUCGCUGGAUGGUGGGCACUGUUGAUUGAGAAGGAGCAGCGGAAGGAGGCCAAGAGAGAGCGCAAACGCCGGGAGCGGGAAGCCGACACGAAAAACCUCCGCCGUCUCAGUGCUGCGAGUAGCCGAUUCGAGAAACGGUCGUCAGCCCUGAUGGAUGUGGCCGAAGAAGGUCAAGAAGCAAGCUCAAGCGGCAACCUCCAGGAACGCGGGCGCCGAGAUAGACGAAGCUUACCCUCGCAGCUGGGCGUUCCGGAACUUCCUGCGCUCCCUGAACCUCUACCGGAACCGAUGGAAUUGCCACGGCCUGCGGAUGUCCAAUCUAUCAAGUCUGUCAACACACACGCAUCAAUCCGACGACGCCCUGUUCCACCACCGAAAGACAAGCGACCAUCGCGAGGCAGCAUGCUUCACGUCAGUGCCUCUCAGCCGGAACUGGCGCAACAUGGGGGUAUCUUUCGGCGUCGCACCAGGCGUCACCAAUAUCCGAUUAUUAGCCAGCUGGCCUCACUCAAACAUUGGUUUGUCGAAUCGGCCAAGAGGGCGAAGUCUCCGAAUGCAAAGGCCGUCUCCCGCAAGUUUAUGUCUGAGAAGAACAGCCCUGCGAAGAGCCAGGAUGGUGGAAAGAACCUCGGCACCUCGUCUUCGGCUGGCGAAGCUACAGGAGAGGAGGUCGUGACACCAACCCAGGCCAAACGGAUCUCUACGGCCAGCAGCCUUGCUCCCAGCAGCGCGUCGUACCGUCAGAACCGCAACUCUUACGGGCGUCAAACGCGGGUAUUGAACACAGGGCACUCUAGCAAUCGCAAUUCGCUUUCGCCCUCGCCGAUCACACCGCGGGGCUCAUACUACCGACAUUCAUCAACCGGGUUGCGAGGUCGCAAAUCUACCUCGUCUUCAGUCUCCUCGAUCCGCAGCAUUCAUCACACUCGUGCUCACUCAAAAGCAUCGUCUCUCUCAUCCAACAGCCUAGAAACCGCACCCACCCCAACUGGCAGACUUUCCAAAUCUCCCCAUUCAUCCCUCAAGGUUCUGCCCACCACCCCAGGCCCUUCAGCUCGCUUCCCAAGCAAUAUCCGGCUAGUACGAGGGUCUGGCGGGCCACCCCGAAGUUUUGAUAAUCAGGCCGGAGGACCGUCGGGAUCAGUCUUCAACGAGGCGGCACCUGCACCCAUGCUAUUUUCGCCAUCCUCGAGCCUGGUCUUUGCUCGACGCAAACGGUCCGCUUUCAAAGGUCCCAUGCUUCACACGGCCAAUCUGAUGGUAUCGGGCGGGAUUGGGUCAGUCAGCUCGCCUCUCCCAGGCCAGCAACCAAACAACAGCGGUCUGGAUCCCGCAGCCGCACGGCCCGGUACGCGAAAGAGCCAGAUAAUCGAAGAGGAAGAGGACGUGGAGGAUAUGGAAGAAGAAGACAUUGAGGAAGUCGAUGAAUUCGACCCUAACGAUGAGGUUAUUCCUGGUUCGCCGGACGAAAUCAUUAAGCCCCAGACUCCAGUCAUCGACACCCCCGAGCAUGAGCAUGCCGUGGAGACCGGAUCUCCCUCCUCAACCCGCAAGCCGGUUCUUGCCCCUGCUCCCGACCUCGAAUCAAGCCCUUCUCGCCCUCCGCGGUCUUCGUCGCUUCGUGCGCCGCGGCGUCCGGGAACUGCGACUACUGUUUCUGAAGACGGCGUCGAGAGCAGCGCAUCCGCCCCACAGGACAACGCUAAGGACAAGGUUGAUUCUGACAAGGCUUCUGUUACUGCUGCUGCUGUUGAUUAUGAUGUUGCUGCUGCCGAACCAACGAUUUGA